AUGGCCGCAUAUGCGGCGCAAGCGCAACAAAGCCCAAGCAAGCCGCCCAGGCGCACGAAGAGGGUGCCCAAACGUGCAAUAGCAGCAGCCCGCGAGGCCCAGCAAGGCGACAGGCGCGCAGCAGCUGGGCUGGCCUCCCGCCCGCCAGCGGACGCGGCGCUGGCGCGCGCGCUCGGCGGCACAGGGGCCUACGCGCUGCUCCUCCUGCAAGCCCUGCUGUCUGUGGCGGCUGUGCUGUGGGCCGACAGGCUGCGCCCCGCCACCUACACCAGCCAGGAGUGGCAGCAGCUGGCGGCGGCAGCAGCGGUCGGCGCCUCCGUCCUCGCCCUGGCAGCCCACACCGCCUUCGCCCUGCUGCGGCACGGCAGGCGGCACCGCAGAGCGGCGGCGGGCGCCGUCACUGCUGCAGCAGCGCCCGCGGCCCGACGUGCGGUACAGUCGGUGGUACCGCUGCAGGACGUGAGCGGUACAUGGAUCAAGGACAGGGCGGCCUCAGACAGCAUGGAACCCGCCUGCGAUGCCAUGCGCCUGGGCGGCCUCGUGCGCACCGCUAUCAGGCACGCCCCGCCCGCCGCCACCACACCCGCAUGCCUCAGCCUGCACACCCUGCCUGCCGUGCUGAUCAGGGGGGUGGAGGUGCGGCUGGAUGGCGGCCAGUUCACCAUGAGCGUGCUGUCGGGCAUACUGUGGUUCAAGGUCACGGAGCGGUACCCGCUAGAUGGAGCCCCGGUGCAGUGCCGGCGGCGGGACCUGCGCAGGGGUGGCCACACCGGCCGCGUGGAGCGCUGCCCUGCCACCGGCAGCGUGGUGCUGCGACUGGAGUGGGGAGAGCCGCUGGGAGGCACUGAUGUGCUGCACGUGCGCACCGACCUCCUGAUUGGCGGCCAGGCUGUGAGCUACACCCAAGUGUACCGCAGGAAGGCGUAG